GGUUGUAGUGCUUUACGCUUGGUGAAGAAGUAAUGCUGCGACCGUCAGAGCUAGGAAGGGAAACUGUUUCAAUCUGGUUAAACCGCUCUGUAAUUUGCAUUCUUAACAAGUACAUCCUUAUCACGCUGUCCUCCAAGGCAUGAUGAGAAAGAGUUAAACUAUUGCAUCUUGCUCAGUUCAAGCGAUCGGUCUCUUUUUUUUUAUUUGGACCUUUCAGAUUUAAAAAGCUUCAUGGAGCAGCAGCAGGGCAUCUGUAGCUUCACCCCGGGUGGGUCCGCAGCCUGCGGGAGUGGGGUCUCCACCGGUCAGCCCACCAUGCGUCUGUGCAUCACCUCGACCACCGGCAGCCCGGUGGAGCUCACUGUGCCCCGGGUAGAGACUGUGGAGGGACUGAAGACAAACAUCUCCCACAAAUUCAGACUGCAAACUAACAGAAUCGUCCUUCUGUUUAGAGACAGGCAGCUGACUGCAGGCAAACUGGUGGACCUUGGUGUAGCAGAUGGAAGCAAACUAACCCUGGUCCCUGCCAUUGAGGCUGGUUCCGCCUGCUCUACUGCCAGAGCUGAGAGAACCAUAAUGGAUGUCUUGGAAAGUUUGCCAGAGGUCAAGAUCAGUGACUUCCUGUCUGGGCGCUCUCCUCUGACCAUCAACCUGGGAGUCGGAGCCCAAACGAUGUAUGUGCAGCUCCAACUGUCCGCACAGAACGUGGCGGAUCUGAGAGCUGGGGGAAGCAAUGAGCCUCAAACUGACCUGCCUGCCGCCACUAUGAUGAGCCCCCCUUACUCCUGCACCAAAACCCCAGGAUCUACCUCACCUGCUCCCCAAACGUCAAAGUCUCCUGUCUCCACAUCCUUGAUUGAACUGAGACCCAAAACUUCCUUUAACUCAGCAGCCCCCCACUCCUACUCCCUCACCACACCUCCUCGACAUCAGGCCUCUGCUACCCGCUCAACACACACAUCUCCUUCUGUUCUUUCAACCCCUUUCUUGCCUUCUGGUUGUCCAUAUCCCAGCUGUCCACCACCAGCAGCCACACCAGUCUGUCCUCCUGCUCCAACCAGCUCCAUCUCUGGACCCCACAGCCUAGCGCCAGCCUCCAGCUUCAAAGAAGAUAGCUCCAGUAAUGUUCAUGCCUCAUCCACUGCAGAGCUGUAUAAGCAACCAGGAGCUGUCAUAGAAAGUCUUGUGAGCCACUCUCCUGGCGUCUUCUCCGGGACUUUUUCUGGCUCUCUGGCCCCUUGCAGUCAGACCGGAAUCAGCCAUCCUCGACGAGGCUUUGGCAUCAUUCUCCAGAUCCUCAACGACCUCCUCAGAGCAGCUUUCCUCCACCAGGGGGCUCAACCUGCCCCUCCUAAUCUCCUCUGUCCUGAUGUGAGCCCUCCUCCCAGCCCACUGCUCACAGCAAAGCAGCCAAGUAAAGCAAACAGCAAAACACUGGUCACCCAGAGAGCAGAGCACAGUAAAACUCAAGGUGAGGAGAGUCUCCCCUCCUGCUCGUCCACACACGAGAAUCAAACAUUGCACUGUAAGCUGGAGCGCCUGCAGGACUUGAUGCUUCAGAGGCGUAUUCGCAGGCGGACUCGCAGGAACUUGCAGACGUCUCACCCAUACCAGCACCGUCACCAUCGUCCCUAGUGUCCUGCAGGGGAAAGAUCAUCUCACUGUGAUUGCAGUGGCAGCAUUCUGGUCGACCAAAGCUGACCUCUGAACUUGUGGACCUGUUUAAAAGCAGCAGACUGAACUUUAUCGCUAUUUUUACACUAUGAGCAUUUCUAAAGAAUGUAAGCCCAAAAUGUCUGUGGAGCAUGACUCCUGUGGCUGUCCCUGUGCCGAGCAUUCAUCUGAGUCUGUCUUUCACUGACAUGGCUUUCACUGUCAAGAAAGGUUAUAAUGUACAUUUUCAUGAUAUACAUUUUGAUGUUUGUACCAAGCGUACUAUCUGUUUGUUUGUUUAUUGUAAUGCCUUAAAUGUUCAUGUCUUGAAUGUAAACUCUGUUUGGUUCUGUGCCGAGGAUGUUCCUCUUAAAUGUUUCACUUAUGCAAUAUUAAAGUGUAAACGCAAAGUAAGGAAAAGAAGAAUAAAGAAAAACCUUCAAUACA